GAGAGAGAGAGAGAGAGAGAGAGAGAGAGAGAGAGAGAGAGAGAGAGAGAGAGAGAGAGAGAGAGAGAGAGAGAGGCAAUGGCUGAACGAAGGCGGGCGAUGCCACGCCCGUCGCGAACGGGCGCGGCGGACUUAGGAAUGGAUCUGGUGAGAGCAGGACACGUGGCAGGUCCUGGAUGGAGUUUUCCUGUUCGAGAGGAAGACGAAGGCCCACCAGGCGCUGGCAAGGUGGGAGGAGUAGGAGGAGUAGGAGGAGGAGGAGGAGGAGAAACUGGAAGCCUGAGUGGAACUAGUUUUCACUCACGAUCCCUGUGGGGUGUCGACGAGGAUGAGUACGAAGGGCAAGACCUUGAUUGGGUUAUGGACGAGGCGGCAACGAUUGGUAGGAGGGAGGGAGGAGGGGGAGGGGGAGGAGGAGGUAGGGAGGUGCCCAUCAAAGAGGGCUGGCCGAUCGAUGGCUACAUAGACUCAGGUCUGGGGAACAAGCAAGGGAAGGCCUGGUUCGGAUCCCGACCUGGUACUGCCAUUCCCAGCCGCGGCAGCGUGAUUUUCCAUGGACUCGGUAAUGUCGAGCCCUCUAGUUCCAGCGGUGAUGAGGAGAAGAUGUGGCGGGAGAUUAGCUCGCCUGUGAGCAGAGGAGGUGAUUCCACUUCCUCUCUCUACAGCCCCGAACGUGAAAGAGGAGGAGGAGGAGGAGGAGAAGAGGGAGGAGGAGGAGGAGGGAGAGGAGGGAGAGGAGAGAGAGGAGAGAUUGAUUGGGUGGCGUCCUCCUUGUACACAAUUCGACAGAUCAGGCAGAAGUGGCUGGUGCGUCGGGACAGCGAGAGCUCCGUCAGCCCGCUGCUGUGCGCCCCGGCACCCGACGCCGACCAGACCCAUCGGGAUCGGCAUUACCAGCACGCAGCCACGUUGGACGAGAUAGCACUGCGCGCCGGGAGGAGUGUGCAGAGGCUAAGUGUUGCCUCCGAACCGGCGAGACUCAGCAGAGUCGGGAUGGUGGAUGGGCGGGAUCUUGAUCAUGGAGACAGCGUCACGACCAAAGGGAGCGGCAGCUUGACAGCUGGACUCCCCGCGAAGAAGGCACCGGCGCGGCAGGAAAGGAGGAGGGAGGAGGAGGAGGAGGAGGAGGAGGAGGGAGAGGAGGAGGAGGGAGAGGACGAGGAGGGAGAGGAGGGAAGAGAGGAGGAGGAGGAGGGAGAGGUUAUGUCUGUUUUGGAGCACACCAUCCGACGUGGUAUUGUUCCCAUCGCACCUGGUCGGGGAGCAGAGUUGAGACCUGGAACCGCGACCGCGACUGUUCAGGCGCACAAACGACGUUUCAGCGACACAGUCCUUGGAACCUACGGGGGACCGGGAUCGGGAUCCGGACGAGGUCCAUGGAGCUCCUCCUCCGGUUGGGGAGGCGGGGGGGAUCUUGGUGGAGGGCCGAUGAUGAUGACAAGGCGAGGGGGAGGGGGGGGGGCGGGGGGAGGAGGGGGAGGAGGGGGAGGAGGAGCUUUGACUAUAGAUGAAGGCCGUCCGUUUGAAGGGGACACGCUGGAUGGGUACGAAUGGACGAAGAGAGACGAUUGGUCUACUAAUAAGAGGAAGGGGGGGAGGAGACUUGGGAGCGGAGGUGGUAGGGCUAGCUCGAUGGCCAGGCCAGGGACAGCCGUGCCUCGUCGCUGGAGCGUGUUGUAUCGGGAUCUGGGCGCGAUGGAGCCAGCCUCCCCCAGCCAAGCUCUUCCCGAUCUAAUGGAUAGCGACGGGGGUUCGCCGAGAUCGCAGCCGCGCCACGUGGGCGGCGGCAUCGAGGUCCCAAUCAUCUCUGUGCACAGCGGAGGACUGUCUGACGGCGACUCGGAUGGACCUGAGACAGGAAGAAGCCAACCUUUGAUGGGAGAGGGAGGGAGAGGAGGAGCAGGAGGAGGAGGAGGAGAAGGGGAUCUCCUAGCUUGGAGGGGCUCCGGCCGUCAGAUGGACACAAGUGGGAACAGCUCCCCUAGCCCGAAAUCGGACAACUAUCGGCUGCUGGACGUGGACGAGGUGGAGGUCGUUCGGAUCCGAAGUCACUCUCUGACUGCGACGGGACGGCCGACCGGUCCUCCGCGCUUGGACGUCGAUGACUUAACAUCUACCUCCCUCCUCUCCUUGCCUUCAGACCCCCCACAAGAUGAAGAUGGAAGAUGGUCGAGCUCUCCGGCUGUAGGCACUGGCAGCCAUAGCCAGACCAUGGUGGACGACACAUCGCUGCUGCCGGUUGGAUCAGCCUCCAUCUACGACUCUUCCUCCUCCGACGAGAUGAGUCCGUCGGAGCACGGAGAGAGUCGAGACGUGGACAGCCGGGAUGCCGACAAAGCGGUCGCUUGGCACGACCGCAAGACCAGCGCUGAUCGAAAGGCGGAGGACCGGUCGGCCUGGCACGACCGCAAGUCGGACACUAUUACCAUACGGGUGGAGCGCGAAGACAGCACAGGAGGUCAGCCCAGUGCCUACAGGAAAACACCCUUGCAGCAUCUCCUCCCCGGCAACAAGCUGGUUCAUCAUCACAUCAAGAAGCGGUUGCAGAGGGUCCGUAAGCGAAGCAGAGACAGUGGAGACGAAAUGCUUAAUUCGAUCGAGUUUCAUCCGCUUACCGCGUGGCAAAAGACCUUGAGGCUGAAGUGCUCCACCUCAACUGGAGGUGUAGGAACUGCAUUGCCACAACAAGGGACUCGGUCGACAUUGGAGGUGGGUGACGGCCUGCCGCAUCGACAUCUCUGGGAGCCCGAAGUUUCCAGGAAAUCACCAAUGAGGUCUGCGGCGGGAAUGGACAGAAGUGAAAGUGGGAAGAAAGAUAGCAUAGGGCGUGGCAUUGGAAAAGUCGGCGAUGAAGGGACGAAAGGGGGGGUCCCGGAUGGAACUGCGUCGAAGAAGAGUGCAAAAGUGUGGGCCAAGCGAACGUCUCCGGUGAGGGGAUGGGGUGCUCGUGGGGAGGUGUACUAUGGAUCAUGGGUGACGGACGCAAGAGGACAACCUGUCUUUAAGAUGGACCCUCCUGUCAUGAAAGGAUCUACGGCAAGAAUUGCAUUUUUCAGAAGGCAACACAUGCUCAGUACGGCAUUGGGGAAGACGGGCCACGAUGAUGCGUCCAGCAGUGGCGGCAGCGAUGAUGUCAGCAUGGUUCCCUGGGAUGAAGAUUCCGACGUUGUAAGUUCGGCUGACCGUAGAUAUCGGCGGACAUCUGUUAAUAACGGAGAUAGGUCCAGGCAUCCUUCCAAAGCAUCAAAAAAGGGAUCAAGGGUGGACCGCCACGGCGGGAUGAAGUACAGUGACGAUGUGUGCAUGGCAUCAUUCUGGCCUUUCCUAAGAAGGGCACUGGAUCACCACAGCAGCACCAACGAGGGUAUCAGUGAGGUGUACACCGGAGGGAGUGAUAACGUGGGACUCGCAAAGGGAACACUGAACCAUGGAGGACGCUCUGUCGUUCGAGGAGAUGUUGGGGGAUCAUCUGAGGGAGGAGGAGUUAUUGGAAGAAUCGCAGGGAGAAGCACCCCCUGAGGUGAUGUAUUCAACACUAUUUUUACUAGUCCUAGUGCUAAUCUCAUUGUGAGUUUGGUAAUGAUCGGGUGAUGAGACGGGUACUUACUGACCCAGAAUGUAUUUUCGUGUGUUGGAGAGAUUCCUGGUCUCAAAUAGCAGGUUGAACGAUUGUGCUUGAAUAUCUUUUCCUCUGAUGAGCUGGCGAAUGUGGCAAGUCAGCGAAAAACUGGUUUUAGGGAACUGCCACUACCCCUAGCCGCUCGUUUUUCCGCAGCUUUGGUUUACCGGCUCUAAGUGUGGCCAAAUGGUGAACCAGGGGUACCAGGAAUCCGUGAGAAAUGAAUGCAUGAUUCCGUG